AUGACAAGUGUCUCUCCAGAAGAUACAACAAAAUCCGAAGAAGUUGUUCAAAACAUCAAGCAUAUUCCGUUCUUUUUUCUAUUCUUGUGCACACUAUGUAUGUGCUCAAUUUAUGCGAAUCCCACGAUUUAUCAAACUACGAUUAAUUUUUUGCAUGAGUUCAAGAAUGAGUCAGCUUCAGAUUGUGAGUUUUUGUGAAAAAAAUUAAAAUUUGCAAAUGAAAAAAAAUAUUCAGUCUACGAAGAAAUCGACAAUCAUUACGACGCUGAAAAAUCACAAAACGUGGAUGUUAUUUUAAAAUAUGUCUAUUAUUUAUCAAACCCUCAGAAGGAGUCGCUGAUAACAGUUACACCUGUAGGAACUGUUUUAGCAGCUGCUCCGAUAGCUUUUGCCUAUAAUAAUAUGGGAUUCAGGUAGGUAGGGCUUUUUAUUGUUAAAAAAAUUUAAAUGGCCUUCCUCUCGAGGAUUGAGGUGUGCAAACACUGCGACGCACUUUUGCGUACAGUUCAGAGCGAUAGUUCCCCAAAAAUAUUUUAUUUUAAAAAACUUCCAGAAGAAGUUUCGUGAUGGUCGCAUUCCUCUCAAUAAUCCCCGCUCUAUUUUACCCAUCAGUGGUCAACGCCAAAACAUACCUCCUCGCAAUUAUCCUUCGUAUCAUGCAAGGUGUCUCCCUGGCCGGUUGGAUCCCCUAUAUCUGCAAACUUUCUGUAUUUCUACCCUUCGAUCAUAUCACCGUCCCACUUUUGGUAUUCGCCUAUUCUCAUCUAACUGAAAUAUUUGUGCAUCCGAUUGUCGCGCAUAUGGCGAAUUCGAGCUUGGGUUGGCAUUCGGCGCAUUAUGGCGGUUGCAUUUUUGUGGUUCUUGUGUUUUUGUUGUUUGUUGUGAUACAUUUUGAUGAGGAUUUUAAAGAUCGAGCGGUUACGAUCGGAUUUUGCAAUGUAAGUUAUCUCAUUUACUUCAAGAAACCCUUUUUUGUUUUCAGGCAAUGUUUGAAUAUGAACGAACGCGUUCACGAACAUUCGAUCUACGAAUCCCAUACCUCUCAAUCUACCAAGACUUCCGAAUCUGGGUCAUAUUUUUCACAUCCUUCGCCUACGGUUGUGCACUCCAGCUUUUCUAUCAAUUCGGUCCCACGUUUUUCCACAAAGUUGUGGGGCAUUCAGAAAUAACUUCAGCAUAUCUGACGAUUUUCGCGCCGUUUUUGAAUUUGGUUACAUCGACGACGUCGAUUUAUUUGUAUCAGAAGUUGGCGUAAGUGAAGUAGAGAGUUAGCUCAAUUCUUACUGAGCUUUUUUCCAGCAACUCCGAGCGCAACAAAAUGCGCUUCUUCAACAGUGUCGCCUUCGUCACCUGCGGUAUCUUCCUCUUCCUUCUCGGAUUCUUCGACCCCGUCAAACAUCAAGUCAUCGUCACCGUAAGCCACAGCUGAAUCAACAAUUUUGUUCAAAAAAAAAACAUAAUUUAGCUGAUGUUCAUUCUGGCUUCCUCCUUAUUGGGAUGUUCUUUCGCAGGACAUCUUCGGAUGAAUCAAUUGAGAUCCGGACAUUUGCAUUUGUUCCUGCUGGUUAAUAUCUUUAUUGUGAAUUCGAGUGCAAUGUUUUUCUCGUCUCUGCUGAAUGUGUUGAUUGCGAAAAACACGGAUUAUGGUGAGCUGACAGAGACAGAGAAGCUAGACGCAUAGCCGCUAGGGACGCAGGGGGAUACAGCGUGCAAAGCUACUAGACAAAAUAAGAACAUGUUCAAGUCAAAAUUUCUGAAAAAAAAGUUUUUUUCAGCUUCCUGGUCUACCCUAUUCAUAGUGCACGCUGUAUUCCUCAUCAUCGCAAAUAUCAUAUUUUUCUUCUUCUGCUCAUCCGAAAGAGCACAUUGGGCACGAGAAGGUUACGAAGACACGUCAAUUCAACCAGUUCGAGACGAACCCCUCCCUCAAUUCCCGCUAUGA